AUGUUUGAUACCGGAUCACCGAUUCUGUGGGUUCCUAGUAUGAGGCUAGCGCAAGAGCGACCGAUGGUCCGGAGUGCGUACAAUCCCGACGAUUCUAUGUCAAUCGUCCGCAAACCUAGAUCGAUUACUAUUCAAUACGGGAAUUAUAUCGCCACGGGCGAUAUUUUCUCUGAGCUGGUGAAACUUAACGGGCAUCCGUUUCGCACGGAGUUUUCUGCGAUAAAUAAGAUAGAAGGUUAUGUGGAUCAACUAUAUACAAUCGACGGGCUCUUUGGUCUUGCCAAAAAGCAGUAUUAUAAACAGUUCAAAGCAACUCCACUGGAUGAUAUGGAUGCACAGAAGGUGAUCCCAAAACGUCAAUUUGCCUUCAUUUUUAAACGAGGUGGAGUAUCUGGAACAGUCGUAUUCGGAGACAUUUCCAAGGCUCACAUUCCGGGGACAGUAAACUAUGUUCCCGUAUCCAAGGAGUUUGCAAACAAACACGAAUGGAUAAUCAAGAUCAGAAGGCCGCCGAGAAACGCAGAUGAAUAUCAAGCGUUACUGAAAGACUCGGCGAUUGCGGAACACGCACUAGACACAGGACACAAAAUAGAUUUAGAAAAUGUUGAGGUUUUGAGGCGAGGACUACGGUCCACGUCACACAGACUGAUCGCCGAGGCGGUAGAAAUCGCCAAGCAUCCCAGCGUCAACAGAAUGAAGGGCGUAGAACUGGCUAGCGUUAUUACGUACGAAGAUGGCACCGUUCUGGCUUCGGACCUCUCAGCACUGCUUGACACCGGAGCGUACAGAACAUAUCUACCGACAUCAUUCGCCAAUCGCCUUUUUUCCGGCAUCUGGAAACAAAUGAACUUGGAUAGCCGACUUGUUCGGUGUGAUGCGAUGUACCUCAUGCCCACACUAUUGCUGAAUCUCGAAGGUCACCAAUUAAAAUGGGAACCGAGCCAAUACAUUGAACAGCUGGACAUCGGACAAUGUGAAUCAACAAUCCAACCUGCAGACCUACCUUUCUCGUACAAUGCGCUCAUGGGCAUCUCGUUUCUGCGUCACUUUGCCGUCAUUUACGACGUGGAUAAUGAUGUUGUGGGAUUCGCCGAACCGAUUUGA